AUGGCCAGGGUGUUGGCGGGGGGUCAGACCCGCUCCCCGGGGUACCGGGGAAGCUCCUUGGCGGAGGCCGGCGCUGGCUCGGGCUUCCCAGCAGCUGUGACAGCGACCCGUAAGAUGGCUGCUGCCAUCCCCGGCGCUCUAAGACGGACUGGGCUGUCAGGAAGCACCUUGCCUGGAGGCGCUACAGCUCUGAUUCUUGGCUUUGCAGCACCAGGUGCCAGACCUGGGAAUACAUGGGGGAUGCAGAGUGAGAGUCAGGUCCUUGCAAUACCUAAAUUCUACACUGCUGAAUUCUCUGAGAUACACAGGCAGAUUAAUUAUUCACUUGAAUUCCUUGUGGAUAAUCCACACUCCCACACUGUGAUCUUGCCAAUAUCAAAUCCUGGUACUUCUAAGAAAGGAAAUAAUUCUUUAAUAAAAGCAUUACUGAUUUGCUAAGAUAAAAAUUCCACAUGGCAGAGAGACAUGGAAGACAGGUUUAUUGUGCUGGACAACCAUGAAAGUAGGUCAGAUACAUGCUUUCUGGAGAUUCUUGAUGGCUGUCACAGUGUGACAGCUACAGAAACAAUUGUAGCAAAGCUUCCACUUUUAUUUCUUGAACAGCUUUCUCACAUAGAUUCCUCCUACAAAAACAAAAACAAAGAGCAAGUUCUAGAUUUUUUUUUUGCUACUUCAGUAAUCAAGGCAGAUUACAGGGAAAAAGAGAAAAAACAGGCAAUGAGGAGACCAAGAAGACCAGUCUUGUCAAGAAAGUGUACCAUGAAAAUGUAUGCCAACUCCUUUUGAAGAAUCAGAUUUUUACAGCUGGGAAGGAAUGAGGUUUCCAAAGCUCACUGCAGUUCAGUGGUAAAAAUAAUUCCUAGUGAAGAGAUGGAUGGCACUGGGAAAGAAAGAAAACAUCCUGAAAACAACACGCAUAGUCCAUUAGCCAGGACAGCUAAAGGUAUUACUGGGCUACUGCACGUUGCUAUUAUAGGUAAGUAUAUUCCAUGCCAGGAUUUUUUUCCCCCCUUCAUCAAUUACAAAAAAAACCAAAAACAAGAGAUUCAGAUUCCAGAACAGUCUUCUAAGAAUGGAAGGGGGAAAACCACAGAAAAUCUUGCUGUAAAACCAGAAAUGGAUUCAAUGAUGGACAUAUUGUUGUCUGUGAAGCAGAUUAUUAACAAUGAUCUCAGGAGCACUUCUAAUGUGAGAGAAAAACUUCAGAAUGGUGGAAACAUCAGCACUAAUAAACCAGUAGUAGAGGGAUGCCUGAGAACUACAAGGGCUCUUGGACAUCACAGAGCUCCAGUGAAAAGAACAUCUGUUAUGCCUGUACCUCAUAUUGCAUCUGUCCCUAUCAAUGUUACUUGCAAGUUUCUUAUUUUGGCUUCUUAUGGGCUUUGAGGGGUUUUGGAUUACCUGAAGUACUUGCACCAAGUCUCAACAUUCACUCAUUAUUAGAGAAUGCACGAACGCUGUUCAACAAAACAGGACUUCAUGUUGCUGGCAGAAAAAAUGGACUCCAAAUCAUUUUGGCAAACUGCAGGUGAUGUUGGUCAAGAACUGCUAGAGACGGUAUCACCAUUGGGUUCUACACCACCAUCACAGUUUGAAAAAUACACAAAAGUGUACCUGAUCAAUUGCAAAUCACAAGCUGAAGAAAGGACACAGUCAGCUCAGAGACACUGCAAUGCAACAAGUCACCGUGAACAGCUGGCAAAGACUGCAUUAGCUGCAGGUUCAAGAGACAAUAUUACAAUUUUGAUCGUACUUCUAAAUGGAUGUGAUAAGAUACCCAAUUACCUCAACAUUUAAAGAUUUAUCAUAGGAUGACUGGAGUGCCAAAGGUGUAUAUAUAGGACAAGCUUAUAUUUAGCUGUGCCAUGAAUUUAUUGUAAGCAUCUUAAAUGCUGACCCAUACAGUGAAUCAGACAUCUUAUCUGGAACUGUACAAAUGCAAUAAAACCUUCUGAAACUCUCAAUAAGAAGCAGUAAUCAAAAUUUUUUUAAACCACUUUAUUCAAACCUGAGCACCUCAAUAUAAAACUAAACACUGGUGAACUGUCAUUUUUCUUGCUAAACCCAGAUUACUGCAAAUUUAAAAUCUGCACAAGUAAGUUUCUAUCAGUUCAACAUUUAAAUAGACUAAUUCAUCUCUUCUGACACACUUUGUAGAUUUCAUAUAAUGAAAAUAACUAAAAGAAUUAGUGCAAUAUACUGGACUGAUCAAAAUAAAAUGUACUUUGGAAAACAAAGUUGCGAAGUUCAUUACUGACAGACAGCAGUACUUAUGUUACAGAUACAGGAGCAUCAUUUAUUACUGUUCUAGCCAUAAAGGAAGAACUCAGAACCCCCUUCGAUUAGAGAGGAAAAAAGUUAGCUUUAAGUAACUGUACAUUCUGUAUACCUUUAAGCAACUCUUAAAUAUUACAGAAAGUAUUAAACAAAUGUAGACUACAAUGCAGAGUACCUAUUUACAGUACAUUAAUAUCCAAAUUUAAAAUUAAGUUGGAUGUACAUAAUCAUUAGUGCACUAUUUUUUUUCCUUAGGGGAAAAACAAACUGUAAUGGCCAGCAAUGAUCAGAAACAAGAAAGAAGUCACAGACACCGAGUUUGUUGUGGUUUUACUUGAAGAGCUCUUACAGUUUGUAGAGGACAAAAAACCC